AAAAUAGAGGCAGCUGUAUGGGAUCUGUCAUCACUGGACAAACUCCCACUGGGUGUAGAGCCCGGCACUGUGGACAUCAUUGUUCUCAUGUUCAUGCUUAGUGCACUGCAUCCAGAUGAAUGGGGUAAGGCUAUCACUAACAUUCACAAGAUACUCAAGCCUGGCGGGCUCAUAUUGUUCCGCGACUAUGGUAGACAUGAUCUCACUCAACUGCGGUUCAAAUCCGGUCAUCUGCUCAAAGACAAUUUUUACAUCCAGGGUGGUAAGACACGAGUUUAUUUUUUGAGCUGGGUAUGUUGCCAAUAA